ACCAACGCCCCCGCCGUAAAAAAAUAAAAAUAAAAAUGGCGGAGCUCAAGAGCGACGGCCGGAAAAUAUACGAGCAUGUGAAUGCGAGAGCCGUACGGAGCGACGGCGACCCGCAAGCAUAAUCUGCUCGCUGUGUCCUUCGUUGUCGGCAACGAAAAGGGCUGAUGGCGCUACUUGCAUCGGCAAAGCGCAUCAGUGACGCAUACUGAUUGCCUUCUCGCAGAGACAGGGGAUCAGAGAGAGAGAGAGAGAGAGACGAACAAAGAAGAAAGGAAAAUUUUUGUAAAGGUAGAUCGCCAAAAUGAAGAGAUCGAUCCUGAACCCUGCAACUCCUUCGGAGAGCAGAGCAUGAACUAUGGCUGCAAUUCCAUGGUUUUUAUAGCUGCAGAGAGAUGGAAGAGAGAGAGAAACCCUAGUUUAUUUGGGCUUAUUCUUCAUCAGACCGCGAAGCUUGAUGGGUCGUGGGCUACUCUGGAAAGUGGGCUCAGAGAAAAAUCUAUGGAGUCCAUCAAAAACCCCUCCAAAACCCCCUACCUUGAACGUUCCUGCGUCAAGAGAAUUUUGGUUUACGCAAGUCGAGGUCCCGCGGAGGCAAUGAAUUUCAGUCUCAGAUGAGAAGCUCCAAAUGGGGUCACCACCUUCCUCCAUUUCCAGAGCUCUCGCGAGCGAGCUGCGCCGCGGAGGAGUCGCGGCGGUCUCUUCGCCGCGCUGCCAGCAUUCCGUCCUCCGAGCGCCGGCGCCGUCGCUAUCUCCGUCGUCAUCUCGCUUCUUCACGUCCUCCGCCGCCGCUUCUUCUGCCGCCGGCGGCGGCGGCGGCGGCGGCUCCUCUUCUCAGGCUCAAGGUAAAGAGAAUGGAUCGAGGUGGUCCAACUGGCUGCUUUUCGUUCCUGGAGCUAUUACGUUUGGUCUUGGGACUUGGCAGAUUUUCAGGAGACAGGACAAGAUUAACAUGCUGGAAUAUAGGCAGAAGAGAUUGGAUAUGGAACCUAUGAAACUUGAGAACGUAUCUCCCACCAACAAGGACCUGCACUCUUUGGAGUUUAGGAGGGUUUUCGGCAAAGGAGUUUUUUAUGACAAAAAAUCAAUAUAUGUGGGUCCACGUUCCCGAAGCAUUUCGGGAGUGACAGAGAAUGGGUACUAUCUAAUCACUCCACUUAUGCCCAUUUCAGAUGACCCAGAAAGUGUGAAGUUUCCGGUUCUGGUUAAUAGAGGAUGGGUACCCCGAAGUUGGAGAGACAAGUUCCUUGAAACUUUGGAUGAUGCUGGAAAGGCUACAGAUGCAUCAGAAACCUCUGUGCAAAAGAGUGAAGAAAAAUCUUGGUGGAAACUCUGGUCUAAGAAGCCUAAAGAUGUUGAGGGACAUGUUCCUACUGUCGCGCCGGUAGAGGUUCUAGGAGUCAUUCGAGGGAGCGAGAAGCCCAGUAUUUUUGUUCCGGCAAACGAUCCAGCUUCCUCCCAGUGGUUUUAUGUUGACACUGCAGCCAUUGCUCAUGCUUCUGGGCUUCCUGCCGAUACUCUCUAUAUAGAAGAUAUUAAUGAAAUUGUGAAUCCAAGUAAUCCGUAUCCAGUACCGAAAGAUGUGAAUACUUUGAUUCGCAGUUCAGUGAUGCCACAAGACCAUCUAAAUUAUACUUUGACAUGGUAUUCUCUGUCUGCUGCGGUUACAUUCAUGGCCUUCAAGAGACUUCAGCAAAAGAAAAGUCGGAGAUAGCAACACUUUUGGAAUGAUUAAUCUUAUGCGAAUCUGGGGCCCAACAACUUUCUAAAGAUCGAAUACUGAAAUUUAACAUGAAGAGGGCUGUAUAACAGCUUUCCUAAUUCAAUCGACCGAGCAGUUUGACCUGAAGCUCGUUAGCAGUGCAGUUCAAUAUUGGAAGAGUUUUGUCUCUCAAUUGUUUUUCAAAAUAAUGUAAUGAAAAGCUCUUGCUCUGAAUACUGAUUGGAUAGUGAGUUUGUUGCUGGUUGUAUGAUUCAGAUAUGUUGAAAGCGAUAGUUUCUGUUUUGAAAUGUUAUUCUUCUCUUUUUGUUCAUCUUAUCGGGACUAGUUUUUGUUUAAGACAAUACUGGAGAUAUAGUGCUAUUUUUUACACUGCUUCCUAGAA